UUAAAAUAAACAAAAGCAAUGAACUUGCUUCUUGGGAGUUCACUGACUGAACCCGGAUCAUCACUGUAGCGCGGACCCCACGACACAUGGCGGCCCGCGAUUGGUCCGAUUAAUAAUUUUUUUUUUAAAAAAAACAAAAAUCAAACAGAAAAAAAAAUAAUAAUAAAAAAAAUACUUUGUGAACCCCUUUGAUGUGGUUCACUAAUGCUGAUGCUCUUAUGGUUUAAGCAGAACUAAACCUUAGAGAAGCCACAUACAUACAUAACUACAACCACCACCACAACCUACACAAAAAGAGGUUCACCCAACUCGACCGGACCCAUAUCAGGAUUAAUAUGGAUUUGCCAUCUGAAUAUUGGGCUAGGUAACGCAUAUAUAUAAUAUAUUACAAAUGCAUGGGAUGUAAUUUUGUAGUAUUAUUUGAAAUCGUAGCAACAUGUCUUGCAAGGGAGAGGUUGUGCUACGUUUGGAGGAAGUAUUGCUUCUCUUACCUUCAAAUCUCUUCAACGAGGUCUUUCUUGACUGCAUCGGUCCAUUUCCACAGAGAUAUAGAGAAGGUUGCUACUAUGAUCAGAAGCUACGCAUGUGCUACCCGUCGAACAACUACGGUUUCAUAAAAAAGCAAAGCGAUGAUGCUGGUUCUGGGGGGAUAAAGCCACGUGGCACUGGAGUGUUUCUUCCUGCAAGACCGGUGAGUAGCCCAAAAGAGAAGAGACCGAAGAAAAAGACAUGCCCCAUCAUCUCAUCUCGUUCUAAACAAGUUUUUCUUCCUAAGGAAUGGGCGUAUUAGCUAGUAAAAAACAUUUUAUAUAUUGUCCCUGUGUAUAUCUUAUACUAUUACAAGGCUAAACACACAAAAAUAAGUUUAAAUGUCCGUCUCUAGAGUUGGGACCUAUAGAUUAGUAUUGGAUAAGGUUUGAUGUACACACCAUACCAGUUAACAGUACAAGUCUAGCUUCAGUGCUCAACGAUAAACAUAUGUGUAUCUAUCCAAAUGGACAGAAGAGAUGAUAAAGGAUGAUUUGAAAAAGAUUUAUUCUUGCUGGUUGACCAAUGUUAUUUCAUAUUCGAUAUUAAAAAAAAAAAAAAU